UUCCUCUUGAUGACGUCAGCCAACAGCAGACACCACCACCCGGCCGUCCAUGUUUGCCACAUCAGACCGGAUCGUUCCAGAAAAAUCAAUUUUGCCUCAAAAUUACCGAAUCCAGACCAUUUUUCUCAGGCUAGGAUAGUCUAGAUAGAUGUCUAGGUUCUAACUAAGGAGGCAACUUUCUGUGAUUUCUCAGAAAAGGCGCGGAAUCAUCAGGUUUUCUUCGAGGAAGUCGUCCGGUCAGAAAUUAUGCAACUGAACUAUCGUGACAACUGACGAUCUCGUACGAGAGCAACCAAGACAACAACUUUCUCGGCUCGGGCGUUGCCGUUUCUGGAGGUUUUAAACCAGCGACAAGCCACCAGACACCUUCCUAGUAGUGUCUCUGGACUUCUCCUGCCUGAAAGUGGAGUCUGCGGACCAAAAGACGGCGGAAAAACCUACGGAAAGUGCGGACGACAUGGAUCUGGAAGGGUUGGACGGAUCGGUGACUCUGGUCAUUAAGGCACCGAACCAGAGAUAUCAUGACCAAACUGUGGAGUGUGUCCUCGGCUGGACGGUCAAAAAACUCAAGUCACAUCUGUCCGAGGUCUAUCCCAGCAAACCCACUGAGCAGCAACAACGGCUGAUCUAUUCAGGAAAACUCCUGGAGGACCACCACCUGCUGAAAGAUGUGCUUAGACAGUAUGAGGAGACAUCCACCCACACAGUACACCUGGUCUGUGCCCCUACGUCUUCAGAAAGCGCUUCCUACGAGCAGAUCUCAAGAACUGUUCCCACAGACAUGGUCCCACCUUCUAUGGCCCCUGGCGGCAUGAGUCAAGCAUCAGCACCUGAAGCAGGUGGCUUGAGACACAGGGGCACACCUGGAGCACCUGCUGCACCUGCCAGCCCUUACCACUCCCAUCAGGCUUAUUACAUGUACAGUAUGAUGCAACAGUACGGAGCAGGAGCACAGGUUCCCAUGACGACCACAGCUGGCUAUCCCAUCAACCCUCAGCAGGCCUACUGGAUGCAGAUGUACGGGCAGUACGCGCAGCACAUGGCAUACAUGCAGCUUGCUCAGCAAUACGGGGGAUUGCCGACAACCACCGCCGCACCAAUCGCCCCCCAAGUCCAGCAGCCCGUCGUGGCCAAUCAGAACAUUGCGCCCAACCAGCCGGCCAACCAGAGGCCGGAGAACGUGCGGAUGAACGCGCAGGGCGGGAUGGUGAUGGACGACGAUGACGACGAGGAGGGGAACCGUGAUUGGCUGGACUGGCUGUACACGCUGAGCCGGGCGGCCGUGCUGCUGAGCAUUGUGUACUUCUACUCUACCACCAGCAGAUUCGUGCUGCUGCUCGUGGGACUCACGGUCAUUUACUUGUUCCAGGCUGGCUGGUUUAGAGUUCGCAGGAGACAACCGCCGGCGCCGAGAGAGCCUGUCGUGGAGAACCCACCCAGGAACGAGGCAGAAAACCAGGACCAAGCUGAGGAGGAAAACGGCGAAGGCAGCGGUACGGAAGACGAGAGGGACAACCCGGCCGAACCACCGCCGAUCCAGCAACCAGGGAUGCUCCUGACGGCAUGGACCUUCCUUUCUACAUUCUUCACUUCCCUCAUUCCGCAGCAACCUCCCCCCGUAAAUCUCAACUGAGGACGCCAUCUUUUCUCCAGUGUUACAGUCAAGACAGUUUGCUGUUCAAACUGUGCAUGUUCAGCGAGGAGUAUUGUGGGUAAUAUGUCAAAGGUUAAGGCCCCUAACUUGUAAACAGUUCUUGUACAGACCAUGCUAACACACAUGCAGACGUUUUUUAUAUGUCUCAGGGGACUUUAAGUUUGACAUGUCACCCACCAUGUGCAUUCGCAGUAUCAAACUUGAACUUGUUUAGUCUUUUCUGCAUGUGACGUGAUAACUGCCAUGGUGUUUGGUCAAGCCUGGGAGUAGGUUACAAAUCUGCAAGUGUUAGGAUAAUGGCACUGGAUCAGAUGGCCUGUACUUAUCUCUUAAUUAUGGGACUGUGAUCAGAGUGAAACUCAUCUAAGAACAUUAAGGUUUAACCAUCCAAUAUGGCUGAAAGCAUGUCACGUGAGCACAAACACAACACAGUUGUUAACUUUGCGUGUAACAUACAUACAUGGUAUAAAUUCUUACAGUAAACUUGCUUGUAUGUGGUAGAUAGUUACAUACAUGUAUGGUCGCUCCUAUCACAUCCACAUAUUUCAAAGAAUCAGUAUGCCUUCUGCAACCUAACUGUGAAAGAAACUACAUGAAAAGUGAUCUUAAAAAGUUGUACAAAGUGUUAAAAAGAUGGACAAAAGCAACUGCCAGUAAGUCUGAUGACUGCUAGGACCUUUGUUUGAACGUGUUAAGCAUUCACAAGUCAGAAACCAGGAUGUCAUGUUUUGCUUUUGUAUAAUUACGUUUGGAGAGAGAGAAGAGAGAAUUACAUUUGGAAACAAAUUCCCACUCUAUAAUUUUUUGUUCUUCCAGUCACUAAGGAUUUUUUGCUAACUAAGAUUGUGGAAAUGAAAGUACAUAGGAAAGUACAAGUAUGUACCAUUCUCUGAAGUGCCUUACUAAAAAUUGUCAUUGAAAUGGAAGGUACUGAUAUUACAAUAGGUGGUGGUAAUGUGGUGGUUAAUCCAUAGGCUAGUGGUGGUGGAUACAAAGCGAAGGAAUCGUGGAGGUCGGUGCUAUGAUAUUUGUUUGCUUGAGUUAAAGAAGCAAUAAAGACAGUGCAAGGGAAAUUUUACUAGCUGUAUUAGGGUGCGUUUAAGCAUUUGCAAAAACAAGACAAUGUACACCCAGUAAGCAAGUUAUAAAAUAUCUUUGAAGUGUAAAAGAAAGGUGGAUGGAGGAGUCAAAACUUUGUACAGAACUACCAGAGCAUUAUUAUGAUUUAUGUAUACAUGUAUCUUAUAAUUUCAGAUAUUAAGUGUAUAGCACAUGUAUUAUUAUUGUAUAUUUGUAGAUAAUCAUAUGAUUUAUUUUGUUCCUUUCUGCUGUUGUUUUUGGCCAUGCAUCUAGCAGAUUAAUUUUUUUCCUUUUAAUUCCUUGCUUCAGUUUACUUGUUUCUUGGCCACAUUUUUUUUGGUCAUCCCACAGAGCUGAAAUAACAUGAAAAUUACCGUAAUACAGGUUACAGAAGCUUCAAGCUGGAAGAAAGUGAAAUAAAGAAUCAAUGAAAAUGUACCAUAAUAAUUGUACAAAGCAGCCAACAAUACAUUGUGACGGACAUCGCACAUGAAAUGUUUUAAUAUCUUGCCAUAAGUGUGUGCGAGAGAAGGUUUUGGAGUCGAAUAAAUUCAUUGACAGAACAAAAAUACUGUGUCGAACAUACCAAAGUGUCAUAUAAAGUGUAUUAAAUCAUAUGUAGGUGGGUUGGUCACCACUCGCAACUUUGUCACCAGCUUUUAGAUAUACUUGAAUUUUGGUACGUUGUAUUGAAGAAGUUGGUGGAAGUGGAAUACACAGUACAUUAUGCUAGUGGAAAUGCUAACAUCAACAUGGAAAUGUUGCUCUCUGAAAUAAACCUGAAAAGCUUUA